AUGCAGGCCGUCUUCUGGCGCGUGCUCAUGAGUCUGGGCAUGUGGAUCCACCGAAUGGCCCCUCCACGACCCCCGAAGCCCAAUUUCUACCGCGUCAUCAACAGUACGGUGUCUGGUAGGCCCGGCACCUUCACACUGUACUUCUACGUGCCUCAAGACUACGAUACGCAGAAGAGAUUGUGGACACAUCGCCACGAGCCGCGGAGCAGAAGUGCUCGAAGAUGGGGAGGAUAUCCGGUGAUAAUCAACUUCCAUGGCGGCGGCUUCACACUUGGCUCGGCAUAUGACGAUGCGCGGUGGUGUGGUACUGUUGUCAAGGAAUGCAAUGCCAUUGUGGUAUCUGUGGACUAUCGUCUUGCUCCGGAGAAUCCCUUCCCGACCGCUGUUGAAGAUGGCGUUGACGCUGUGCUAUGGAUACACAAGCAUGCCGAAGAGCUCGGAAUCAACACCGACAAGAUUAUCCUCUCUGGCUUCUCUUCUGGUGGCAACAUGGCGUUCACUGUUCCGCUUCGCCUCUAUGAUCAGCAGACUGGCUUCCACAGAGACGAGCCACACGCUGCCAAAUCGCCCCUUGCAAAUGUGACUGAGCAAGAGGAGCCUACGAGUAUUGGUCCUGUGCCCGACGUGCGCAUCCGCGCCAUUGUGCCCUGGUACCCAUCACUCGACUACACCCGAACACGCGCGGAACGCCGAGCGACAUGUGUGCGUACAGAUCAAGAGCUACCAGCACUCUUCACGAACCUCUUCGACGACUCAUACCUGCACCCACCAAAAGACGUCACUUUGGACUCGCCCUAUUUAUCACCCGGCGUAGCUCCCACAGACUUACUCCGCAACGCCCUACCAGACGAGAUCAUCAUGUACACCUGCGAGUGGGACAUGCUCCUCGAAGAAGGCCAAGAAUUCCACCAAAGAUUAAUCUCCGACGAGAUUGGCAAAAAUGUGGUCUACACCAUGGUUCCAGAAGUGCCGCAUGGCUGGGACAAAGCUCCAAACCCAUGGAAGCCUACACCUGGUGUGAGGGAACACUACCUCAAGGCUUGUAAGGAGAUUAGGAGGAUACUAGGUCAGCGCGAAAGUACUAUGGAUCGGCUACGAGAUUCGAGGAUGAGCAUUGUUAAUUGA